GUCACGUGUGAGCGUGUCACGUGAUAAAUGCCUUGAAAUAUUUAUGUAGUUUGUUUGCUUUUGUCUUGUGUUUGAGACGAUUUGGUGAUAAGAGGACUUUUCUUUAUCCUACCUUUUGCGUCUGUCUCAACACACAUACGAGGUUGUAAGAGGAAUAUGCACCAGCACACAGAGCCUUGUCAAUAACAGCUGAACUGUUUUUGCCUCUCUGAAGACAUCUGCUCAUAAUGACUCUCCAGAUGGGAGUCUUGUUUUUGGCUGUGCUCGGCCUGAGCACUGCACUGAUCUGUCCUGAUGGAGGCAUGUGUGAGGAUAGAAACACCUGCUGCAAGAACACCCACGGAGGUUAUGGCUGUUGUCCGCUGCCACAUGCAGAGUGCUGUUCAGACCACCUCCACUGCUGCUACGAGGGGACGGUGUGCGAUCUGAUCCAUCAGAAAUGUGUUAAUAAAACCGUUUCACUUCCAUGGAUGAGGCGACUUCCAACGAAGCAGAGAUCGUCCACCUCUCAGCUUGUCGGCCAACCGAAGGCGGUUAUGUGUCCAGACCACGAGUCCGAGUGUCCAGAUGACACCACUUGCUGCCAACUUUACAAUUCCUCCUGGGCCUGUUGUCCGUUGCCUAAGGCGGUUUGUUGUGAGGAUAAACGCCACUGUUGCCCCGAGGGAUCAAAGUGCGAUCUCGUCCAUUUACAGUGUGUUUCUUCGUCGCUGGAGUCCUUGCCAAUGCUGGAAAAACUACCAGCCAAAACAUCACAAAAUAAGCCAGUUUCUGAUGCAGUCGCAGUGAUUUGUUCUGGUGGGAAAAGCAGCUGUCCUGAUGCUUUCACAUGCUGCCUGCUGACCAGCGGAGAAUACGGCUGCUGCCCUCACCCAGAGGCCACAUGUUGCAACGAUCAUCUCCACUGUUGUCCAAGCAACACAACAUGUGACCUGGAGCAUGGAGUCUGUAAGUCUGGAGAGGCCGACCUGCCGCUGACAAAGAAGAUUCCUGCUGUGUCCAGAAACGUAGAGUGUCCAGAUAAGAAAUCGUUCUGUCCUGAUCUGACGACGUGUUGCCAGAUGACCAACGGAUCGUUCGGCUGCUGUCCUAUGCCAAACGCUGUCUGCUGUUCAGAUCACAUCCACUGCUGCCCUUCAGGCACAAAGUGCGACAUCCCACACAGCGCCUGUGUAUCAGUCCAGGAAAACGCUCCUGUAUCCAUUAGGAUACUCCGUACCGCGGCAGAACAGGCACCAACGCAGAGCACAGUCCACGCUGUUCCCUGUAAUGCCUCUGUGGCCUGCGACGUUGGAAACACCUGCUGUAAAUCGCUAAAAGGAGAGUGGGCUUGUUGUCCUUUACCUCAGGCCGUGUGCUGUAAGGACCACCUGCACUGCUGUCCGAAUGGCACGGUCUGUAACCUGGCAGCCUCCAUGUGCGACCAUCCCUCAGGCCCAGCACUGAUGCCGCUGCUUCCCAUCACACCCGCCUUUCAUCUGCCGGCAGAAAACAGCAAGUGUGAUGAGUCCACGUCGUGUCCCGGAGAAGCUACCUGCUGCAAGACCGCAAGCGGGGAGUGGGCCUGCUGUCCUCUGCUGGAGGCUGUUUGUUGUGACGAUCACAUCCACUGCUGUCCUCACGGCAUGGUUUGCAACUUGGAGGCUGAAACAUGUGAUGACUCUUCGGGUGUUUUACUGCCACUGCCAUUGCUGACCAAAGUUCCUGCUCUGACCAGUCGAGCUCAGCAGGAGAAAGUCAUGUGUGACACUCAGACUAGCUGCCCUAAAGACACGACCUGCUGUUUCAUGGGGAGGACCCACAAAUGGGGCUGCUGCCCUCUGCCGGAGGCAGUGUGUUGUAAAGAUGGAAACCACUGCUGCCCCAGCGGACACACUUGUGAUCCCCACCGGUCCUCCUGCUCCAGGGGCCCUCACCGUAUUCCCUGGUUCACCAAACUGGGCGCUUUGACCGAGCCAAGUACAUUGACCGAUGUUAAAUGUGACGACAAAAGCAGCUGCGCUUCAGGAAUGACCUGCUGCAAGCUGUCAAGUGGAGAGUGGGGCUGCUGCCCAUUGGUGAAGGCGGUUUGCUGCACCGACCAUGAGCACUGCUGUCCUCAAGGCUACACGUGCAACAUGCAAACAGCAACAUGUGAGAAGAAGGGCUACGAUCUGCAACUUGCUGUCCCCCUUCUGAGUAAAGUGGAACAGUCCGAGUUGAGGGAGGCAGAGGAGGAUACAGAUGUACCAUGUGACAGCACAGGGCUCUUUCACUGCCCCAAAAAGUUUACCUGCUGUAAGAUUUCGGCUACGGAGUGGAGCUGCUGUCCCUCGGCCAUGGCUAAAUGCUGUGCAGACACAAAGCACUGCUGUCCCAUUGGUUACUCAUGUGACCUGAAGGCUGGAGGUUGCACUCGGCAGAGCAGGCUGACCAGGGAUUAUUUGUUAGGGAGCAGACAUGGAGAGGUUACCCGUCAUGGACUCUAAUCUGGCAGAAUCACAGUGAUAUGCAUCCUUUUCAUCAAUCCAUCACUUGUGUUGCUGAGGACGGGGUGGGAUUCAUCUUGGCGUCCUAUUUGACGCUUCUGAAGUGGAGUUUUUUGUGUUACCGGCUGUAGCGAUAAGGAAGAAGUUUUGCUGUGUGUGCCGACCUUGUUAUCGAGGUACAGUGUAGCAAGCCUCUAUCGAUCCACACAUUUGAUUUUCUGCACCAUUUCUGUAAUUCACUCCAGAUGUAGAAUUAGUUAUCUGCAACAUUAAGCGGGAAUGCAGCAAACUCACAUUUCACAAUUGGCUAGCAUUUAACACAAAUAUCUUAUCUGUCUGCAUCAACCACACUAGGCAGACAAAAUUAAAUCACCGCAAUUAGUUAAGUUUUAAGUGUUUAUUUUUUUCUUUUAUACACAUUCAAGAGGCUAGAAUGAGAAUACAAUGUAUUACAAAUAAAGAAUAAACAGAAAACUUGGACAGAUCAGAAAAAA